UAAAGUUUGCCCCACCUUUGUUGCUCAUGUAAAUAAUAGCAACCUGAAUCUGGGCUAGCAUGUGGGGAGAGUAGAGAACAGUUCGUUUUUAGACAGGUUUGUAGCAGUCAGGUUGCUGAAUAUCUAAUUCGUUUGCUGCUGAGUAAGAUAAACACUCAAAGCAGUAACAAUGUCGGUCGACAGCGUGUUUAGGACCCGCUCUCUCGGUGUGGCCGCCGAGGGUCUUCCUGACCAGUAUGCCGACGGCAAAGCAGCGAAAGUCUGGGAGCUGUACAUCGGAGACACGCAGAGUAGGACGCAGGAAUACAAAAGCUGGGUGGUGUCUUUGCUGAAAGAGCAAGGGGCGCGAAGAGUGCUGGAUGUAGCAUGCGGAACAGGAGUUGACUCCAUCAUGUUGGUGGAAGAGGGCUUUAACAUGGUGAGUGUGGAUGCCAGCGACAAAAUGCUCAAGUAUGCGCUGAAGUCAAGAUGGGAGAGAAGAAAAGAACAAGCUUUUGACCAAUGGGUGAUUGAAGAAGCCAACUGGUUGACGUUACCAGAGGAUCUUCAGAAACCAGGGGCUGGCUUUGAUGCUGUUAUCUGCCUCGGCAACUCAUUCGCCCAUUUACCAGACUUUAAAGGGGACCAGAGUGAUCAAAAGUUGGCCCUUCAGAACAUUGCCAGUAUGGUCAAACCAGGUGGGAUCCUCAUCAUUGACCAUCGUAAUUACGACUUCAUCCUGGAGACCGGCCGGGCGCCACAAGGCAAAAAUAUCUACUAUAAGAGUGAUCUACCUCAGGACAUCUCCACUUCGGUGCUGUGGGUCGACAAUAAGCCCCAUAUGAUCACUCUGGACUACACCAUCCACGUGCCCAAGGCCACCCUUCAAAAUCUUCCUGACGUCAGUAAAUUUCGUCUGUCCUACUACCCUCACCGUCUGGAGAGUUUCAAAGCUUUACUGACUGAGGCCUUCAACGGCAAAAUGGAGCACAGCGUCUACGGAGAUUUCAAGACGUACGUCCCUGGCCAGAGCCAGGCCCCGUGCUACUUCAUCCAUGUCUGUAAGAAGACAGUCUAAGAGCAACCUGUUACACACACACACACACACACACACAGAAAAAAACUUUUAAGUCAAAACAUGCUCCUACUGUGCUCCAGAUUUGGACAAAACACUAUUUGAAUAUGUUUUAAAACAAUAUCUCACUUUAGAUCUUUGUAAAAAAAAAAAAAAAGUAUUAGGAGAAAAGAAGCAUAUUGGCACUAACAUCAUUUGUGUCCAGUGUUGGCAUAUCCAAGAAUGAUUAUGCCAGUAGCUGUCAUUAUCAUCAUUAUAUAAGAAAAUGUAUUAUCAGUGAUUUUUGCUAUGGUCUAGAAAGUUAUUAUUCAAAUUUGCUAUUUGUUUUAAUUUAAUUACACUAAUAAUCGUUAAAUUAUAUAUGCUAAAGUGUUAAAGCCUCUUCCAGGAACUAAUUUUUAAUUUUUAACUUAAAAAACAGUGUGUUCCUAAAACUCUAAAAAGGUCAAAGCUAGUUUUAAAAAUAUAUUCAAAAUUUUUCGGACCACUGUUUUGUCCAUAUCUGGGAUCUGGUAUGUGCUGUCUGCUGCUUUAGUUUUGUGUUUAUCUAAUUUCCGCCUUUCUGAACUUCGAUAACCACAAUGAACAUGUUUUAACAUGGUGCUGUACAUUAGUGAUAUUUCUGAUGAUGGAACACUUGAUAUUAAUUGCCAGUAAUGUGUGAAGUGCAAUUCCAGACAAUUGUAUUAUAAAAGUUUGCCACGAGGGUCUUAAAAACACACACAAAACAUCUGUGUUUUGUGAAUAUGGUAGCCUUUCUUUUGCUUGUAUUUUUGAGCUCGAAAAGUGGAUCCCAUUCUGGUCUACUGCCUUUAUUUCAAUUUAGGCCAAUCUGGCACAGCAUGAUGGCAGUUUUAAUCCAUUAACCUUACUGUUGUGGCUGUCGCCACUUGUUCAAAAGUAUUCUUGCAUACCUUGGUGGACGUCACUUUAAUAAGACCACAGCGAAGUGAACAUUUUGAAUCACCCUGACACCUUAACAAGGCUUGGUUAACCUGUUUAGGGUAAACCAGUGGGACUGUCAAUCCAAUCAACAUUCCUUCACCCCAAAGUGUUCUUACCAAAUCCCCUCCAACUGCAGAGCUAUACAUAACCUCUGACCUCUCUGAACCUGAAAAUGUCCACUAAAGCUUGCUCUUUUAAUAUUUGAAUGUAAUUUUAUUUUGUAGCAAUAGUAUUUAAAAUUGUGUUGUCAACCAAAUAUAUUUUAAAAGUGUUAUUUUCUGCUCAAUCUUGGAUUAUUUGUGCUUCAAAAGUACGAGAACGCUGAUUUUUAUUAAAUUGAGCUGCACAGUACUUAGUCUCAAAUAAUUGAGUUCAGCCAAAUAAUGAGGGGAGCAUGAUGAAAGAAUAAUUUAUUUGUUGCUGUAUUAUCCAGGUUGAAAUACAUUUUGCUUUGACACCAAAUUAAAAAUGUUUUUUUUUCACUGAAAGGAGAAAGGAGCUCUCCCAGAGAGAAAUCAAAUAUUAUCACUACCCCAGCUGUUUGCCUAAACAGGAGUGCACUGUGCAUUCAAAUGUUGUGCCAGUGCCUAGAACUACAUGUACGGUACGCAGGAGUUUGUGAUUGAGAACAACAGUAGCUUCAGAAUGUGGUAAGAUUGGCUGGAUGUGUGAGUGGCCUUGAAAGUUUCUCAAGAGAUUUCAAAACAGUCUUAUUAUGUUGCCAGAUCUUAAAAAUAAAGUGUAAACAUUUUAUAAUGAA